AUGAGCGUUGAAGGUUUUCAUCAGACCAAGUACGCCAAGACGCUGAGCAACCAGAGGACAAAGGCCGAGGCAGCUUCCGAGCUUCUCUGUCCCUUUCCAGAGCAUAGGAGCUGUCGGGUGUUCCAGAGCUGGGGCCAGCUGUGGGAUCACGGGAAGGCGGAGCAUUCUUCGGAAUUCAUCGGAUUAGACGCGCAGCAGGCAAGAGCAAAAUUCCACCAUUUAGCAGCUGAGUUGAAGACGGAACACUCAUCCAUUGCAACCGCAGGCGACCAAUCCGCCCCAGACAUUGCAACCCUUACUUUGGGCUCUGGAAAAGGGUCUGCUCCUAAUUCAUCUCCAUCUUCGCGUAAAAGACCAGCCGAGCAUGAAGCCUUUGGUCAUCGGGGGAAAACCCCGUCCGGCCUUGACGUCAGUGACUUGGAUUAUUCAAGAAAAAAUCCCUAUCGUAUUACUUCGGAUAAACUAAGAUCAGAGUCACCUGACCCGCGAUUCUUUAAUCCUAAACAAAAUGCCAAAGGCACCUCGUCGCCUCAUCGGUCUACACCUGAGCCAUCCAGUGAGUGGUCGGCCGAAGCGACCAAGAGCACUAAGCUCCAGUCUUCUCAACCUAGAUCUCCUGUUCGAACACAGCGGAGCACGCCAAAACCUCAAACUGCGCCCCGUCAGCCCAAUCUCACUAGCCAUCCGCAAUAUGAUGAGCGCUUCCCUGACCUUCUCUUACAGCCAGACUCCCGGCCAAUAUCACAUGAGCAACUUGCAUCUGAGGUCAAGUCCAUUUACGCCGGACUUGCUAUGGUUGAAAAUAAGUGUAUACAUGUUGAUCGUGCCCAAGCAGCGGCUAUACAGGACCCUAAUACAAAGCUACCCCCUGAUCACUGGCAGGCAUUGAUAGCUUUACAUCGCACCCUCUUACACGAGCAUCAUGAUUUCUUUCUAGCUAGCCAGCAUCCUUCUGCUUCUCAGGCGCUUCGUCGCCUGGCAGCUAAAUACUCCAUGCCUGCACGUAUGUGGAAGCAUGGAAUUCAUUCCUUUUUGGAGUUACUUCGGCGGCGCCUUCCCGACAGCAUGGAUUAUAUGCUGGCUUUCAUAUAUUUGGCCUAUCAGAUGAUGGCGUUACUUUAUGAAACGGUUCCUGCAUUUGAAGAUACUUGGAUCGAAUGUUUGGGUGAUCUGGGGAGAUACCGUAUGGCUAUUGAGGAUGAGGACGUCCGUGAUCGUGACACUUGGGCUGGCGUAGCACGAUCCUGGUACACGAAAGCAGCGGACAAAAACCCAAUCGUCGGACGUCUAUACCACCAUCUGGCGAUUCUGGCGAGACCUAAUGCUCUCCAGCAGAUGUACUACUAUUCCCGGUCUUUAACUUGCGUCAAGCCUUUUGGAAGUGCGCGCGAGUCAAUCCGGACUCUUCUAGAUCCGGUCGUUGAUCACAACACCGCUAGUCUCCCGCACGCUCUUCCCAUCGAUGUCAGCUUCAUUAAACCCCAUGGUUUACAAUUUUUGGGACGUUCGGUCAAGGACAAUGGGGCGUCGGAAGAAUUCUUAAAGGCCAAGACUGAGUUCAUGGAUAGCUUGGAUAGCUAUAUCAGUCGAGUGACGGCAAAGUGGAAGGAUCAAGGCGUAUGGGUCGCCGUCACGAACAUUGCGGGCUGGUUCGAAUACGGUAUGGACCUGAACCCUCUUCGCCAGGCAUUCCUUUCCCAGUUACAAGAGAACGAGCAGAAUACUUCGUCUACCACUGUGAAAGAUGACGUUCGGGUAACGGCAAUCUCUAGUCAAGAAGAAAUACCGCCGCCCGCCUUUGUUCCAGGAAAGAUCACUGAAGAGAUAUCAAAAUUCGUUGACCAGCCAGUAUUCCGGAACGCCAAAGCUCUGACACACGAAGUCUUUAUGGUCGCACUCCAGCGCUUGGGUGAUAAGAACGUGCUUUCGCACGUAAACGUCAUGCUUUCUUUCACUGCGUCGUUUGCUUCUAACCCAUACGUUUCUGAUCUAGUGACCGAUAUGCCUUGGGGUGUGAUUGCCACUGUCCUCAGUGCAUUGGUAAAAACCGAGAUUCAGGCGAGAUCUCAACCACAUACCCACUCAGGGAACAUCGACACCAUAAUCACAUCCAGCAUCUUCCCUGAUGACGGUGAGAGAGUUGACGAGUUGCCACUUCCGGAAGACUACCUUACAAGAGGUCUGAUCUGGACUCAUGGCUACUUUCCUAAGAAAUGGUUCGAAAGGGAGCGUGAUGAAGAAGAACGAUACCUUGAGCCAGCAAGCACUGUGAAGAACCGUGUAGAAAGGAUUUUGAGGCUAGGGUUCAGAUUAUCUCAGCUCAAUCAAGGAAUUACAUACGACAAAGAAUCUUACAUGUUCUCUGUCCGCGAUUCAUUUUGA